CAAACAGAUAUUCUCUUUAAAGUCCUUGUUGGCUGUGUGUUAGCUACUGGCAAGAAAAUCUCAGCGCAUGAGUUGAUGUUUUACAGGAUCCAGAGGGUCAUUUCAAAACCGCUUUCCCAGUCUUUGAGGCAGCUUGUUUUGUUUCGCAAUCCCCGUAAACUGUCCUCCAACAUGUCUUUCCCAUAUCCUCAGGCGUACCGCGACGAUGCAGUGGUGGAUGGGUAUCAUGGCUGCAAAAUAGCAGAUCCGUACAGCUGGCUGGAGGACCCGGACAGCGAAAAGACACAGGCCUUCGUCAGCUCUCAGAACCAGCUGACUUUGCCGUUCUUGGAGCGCUGUGAGGUGCGAGACCUGUUCAAGGAGCGCAUGACCGAGCUGUACGACUACCCCAAGUACAGCUGUCCCUUCAAGAGGGGCACGAAGUACUUUCACUUCUACAACACAGGCCUCCAAAACCAGAGUGUGAUGUACGUGCAGGAGAGCCUGGAUGCUGAGCCUGCAGUCUUCUUGGAUCCAAACACAUUUUCUGACGAUGGAACCGUUGCCCUGCGAGGAUACGCGUUCUCUGAGGACGGGGAGUACCUGACUUACGGCACCAGCGCCAGUGGUUCGGACUGGGUGGAGAUUCGCUUCCUGCAGGUGGAAGGUGCCAAGCCUUUGGAGGACCGCCUGGAGCGAGUCAAGUUUACCUGCAUGUCUUGGACUCAUGAUGGGAAGGGACUUUUCUACAACUCCUACCCUAAGCAGGAAGGCAAGAGUGACGGCACUGAGACCUCCACCAACCUGCACCAGAAGCUAUACUACCAUGUUUUGGGGACUCCGCAGUCUGAGGACGUGCUCUGUGCAGAGUUUCCUGACCACCCGAAAUGGAUGGGUGGAGCUGAGGUGUCAGACGAUGGACGCUACGUGCUGCUGUCUAUCAGGGAAGGUUGUGAUCCGGUCAACAGACUGUGGUAUUGUGACCUUAAAACCACUCCUCAGGGUAUUACAGGACUUCUGCCAUGGGUGAAGCUAAUCGACAACUUUGACGCUGAGUACGAGUACGUGACCAAUGAGGGCACGUUGUUCACAUUCAAGACCAACCUAGACGCUCCGCGGUACCGCCUCAUCAACAUCGACUUUGCCUCUCCUGCUCAGAGCAACUGGAAAGAGCUAAUCCCUCAACAUGACAAGGACGUUAUUGUGUUCGCCACUUGUACAUACUCCAGCUACCUGUUUGUGUGUUUCCUCCACGACGUGAAGAAUGUGUUGAAAAUGUACCGUCUGAGCUCGGGGGAGGAGCUGAGGACCUUCCCUCUCGAUGUCGGCUCCGUGGUGGGUUUCACAGGACGGAAGAUGGACUCGGAGAUCUUUUACUAUUUCACCUCCUUCCUCUCUCCAGCCAUCAUUUACCACUGCGACCUGACUCAGGAGCCGCUGCAGCCCCACAUCUUCAGAGAGGUCACUGUCAAAGGCUUCAGCCCCUCAGACUACCAGACCACCCAGAUCUUCUAUUCCUCCAAGGACGGCACUCAAAUCCCCAUGUUUAUUGUUCACAAGAAGGGCAUAAAGUUGGAUGGCUCCCAUCCAGGUUUUCUAUACGGCUAUGGUGGUUUUAACAUCUCCAUCACACCGAGCUACAGCGUCUCCCGACUCAUCUUCGUCAGACAUCUGGGAGGAGUCCUGGCUGUUGCCAACAUUCGAGGAGGAGGGGAGUACGGGGAGACCUGGCACAAAGCUGGCAUGUUGGCCAACAAGCAGAACUGCUUCACAGACUUCCAGUGUGCGGCUGAAUAUCUCGUCAAAGAAGGGUACACUUCUUCCUCCAAGCUGACUAUAAAUGGAGGCUCUAACGGUGGCCUGCUUGUAGCGGCCUGCGUGAACCAGCGGCCGGAGCUGUUUGGCUGUGCUGUCGCUCAGGUAGGCGUCAUGGACAUGCUGAAAUUCCACAAGUUCACCAUCGGCCACGCCUGGACCACAGACUUUGGCUGCUCUGAGGACAAAGAGCAGUAUGAGUGGCUCAUCAAAUACUCCCCGCUCCACAACAUCCGCAUUCCAGAAAGCAACGGGGUCCAGUACCCCGCGGUACUCCUGCUGACGGGGGACCACGACGACCGCGUGGUGCCCCUCCACUCCCUCAAAUACAUCGCCACCCUGCAGCACAUCGUAGGCCGCAGCCCCAAGCAGACAAACCCUCUGUUCAUCCUCGUGGACACAAAGUCGGGCCACGGCGCGGGCAAGCCCACCAGCAAGGUCAUCCAGGAGGUGGCUGACACCUACGCCUUCAUCGCUCGCUGUCUCAACAUCUCCUGGGUCAAAUAACUUUUCAUUUUAAUGUUCUCUUCCUCUACUCAAAUCACAUUUGGGAUACUGCUCAUACCAGCUGUAACACUUUUGUUUUACAUUCACACCGACACUCUACUGGAGCUUUUACCUCCCGUUUACCCAGCCAGCAUUACGUCAUCUUUUUUUUUGUCAUUUCUUUAUUAUCUAUUUUUUGUCCAUCACUCCCCC